UAUAAAAGGCGACGGGAGGCCUGUCCACGGCAUCAGACAGUGCAAGAAGUCUGCAAUGAUCGGCAGUGCUGCGUUCGUGUUGUUGGUCGUCGCCUCUUGUCGGGCCCACCCGACGCACCUCCUGCUGCUGCCUCAGGAGGCGCCGAUCAACAAGUUGUUGCCGUUGCUCGAGCAGCCGGUGGUGGUCGACGCAGAAGCGGCGCCCUCGGCCUACAGGGUGUACCACGGUGGCAACGGCGUCAGUUACAGCCACAUGCAAAGCGGCCCCGUGGCCGCCGGGUCGCACUUCCAGAACUUUGCGCCGGCCCCGGCUGCCCCCCUCGGACAAUAUUUCAACUUCGGCAGGGGUUACGGUGGCGGGUACGGACUAGGCGACGGAUACAAGCAGGGCAACUUGUACCUGGCCAACAACGGCGGCGGUUUCAAAAAGGGCGGCGGGUCCGAGCACCAGGCCCAACACUACAGUGCCGGCGGCUCAAAGGGCGCCAAGGGUCACAAGGGCAGCAGCGGUUUCAAGAAGGGCGACAGUGCCAAGUUCGACAAAGGUGGACAGAGCGGACAUUUCUCUGAAGACGGCGCCAACAAAAAGGGACACUUUGAAGAAAAGGCUCAUUUUGCAGGUGGAGAGUCGGGCAGCAAAGGUGAGCAGGGCGCUUCUCACGGUUCGAAGGGCUACCACAAGAAGGGCUCGAGCACCAAGGGCUUCCACAACACAUACCACAAGGACGAGUACAAGAAAGAACACAAGUUUUACGACGAGGAGCACAAAGAGGGCUUCAACAAGAAGCACGGAGCCGAGGAGGCGCACUUCCAAGAGGCCAAAGGCGGCCACCAGAGGGGAGGCCACCACGCGAGCGGCCACGAUCAGGCCCAGCAGGGCAAAAAGGGUCACUUUGCCAAGGGUCAUCAUGACAGCGGGGCCAGCGGCCACAAGGGCGAGUACGGCCAAGAGGAGUACAGCGGCCACCACGACGAAUUCGGAAAGAAGGGCGGCCACAGUGGCAGCUCCAGUUCGGGCUACGAGGAGGAAGACGAGGGCUACGGAGGAUUCCACGGCGGCCAUUGAUUGCGACUCUCAGCCAUUCAAAUAGAGAUUUUUUAUUAUUCUCCAGCAGUCAACUGUUAAUUUUGUUGUUUUAUUAUUUAGUUGCGUAUUUUUGUUGCUUGUAUCUGCUUAAAAAAAUAAAAUUAUAAAUUAAAAAAUAA